AUGUCAUCUUCAGAGAAUGAAGCGGUAAAGACGAACUCAUCUGAUUAUUCCUAUGAUUACAACGACACCUGCAACACCAGUGAGGACAACAGCGCACAACCUGCUCUUCUUUACAUUUUAUUCAGUUUUGGCGUUUUAGGGAAUGUCACAGUCAUGUGGGUGCUCCUCCGACUCAUAAAGAUGAAGACAAUGACGGAUGUGUGUCUUUUAAACCUGGCCGCUUCAGAUCUCGUAAUGGCUGCUUCUCUCCCGCUGUUGGCCACCAGCUCACUGAACCUCGUCUCAUGCAAAGUCAUCAGAGGAGUCUAUCAGUUGGGCCUCUACAGUGGAACCCUGUUUGUCGCCUUCAUGAGUGUGGACCGUUACUUGGCCAUAGUCCAUGCUGUCGCAGCCAUGACGACCCGCUCACUCCGCUACGGGAUUAUCAUCAGCAUCAUAAUCUGGAUCAUAUCCACUGCAAUGGCAAUCCCAGAGGCCCUCGUACCCCGGGACAGAGUCAGAGGUUCAGUGUACUCACAGACCACCAGCCUGGAUGAGAGGAGCACUGCUGUGUAG